UCUUUUUAGAAAAAAAAAACAAAAUCAAUAAACAAAUUCACAAAGGAGCAGGACGCAACUAUUUUGGAUUUGCUUGGAUUCAAAACAAAUGGCCCAGUCUUCACAAAUAAAUCAAUCGCCUUCUGCAAAGGGAAAUAAUGGUGUCGCAACGGAAGAUGUCACCCCCGAAAGCGAAUUUGAGGGAUUCCAUAACUACACUGCAGCCGAAGUUUUCAUACAAGGUCUCGCUGGACUAGUAAAUCAAGGCGAUGUCGAAACCAUGAUACGCGCGCAGAAACAAAUGUUACAGCGCUUUGAGAAGACGAAUGAGAUGAUGUUAAACUGUAAUCAAUUAUCACAAAGUCGCCUGAAAAAUGCAAACGACGACUUUAAAAAGCAUGUAAAAUUGUUAACCGAAAUGAAAAAGGAUCUUGAUUACAUUUUUCGAAAAGUGCGUUCCAUUAAACAAAAACUGAACCAACAAUAUCCCUUAGCCUAUGCCGAAGCCCAACCACAAAGAAGCAGCUUAGCUGAAGAAGCAGAAGACGAGACAGAAGCAGCGAGUUCUCUAGCGGCUGAACAAAAAAAUUUAGAAAAAUCUGCCGUUUCCGGCGACGUAGGAGGUAAGAAAAAUGCCGAUCUUUUAAUGAAAAGUACAACAGUUGAAUAUGUACAAAUGGAAGAAGCGGUAGAGAAUGGCAAACCCAUUGAAAAUGAACUGAUUAAACGAGUCUGUUCAAUCGAGACAACAAAUCCGAAUGACUCCUCAGAUUGUACAUCAGAGGACACGGGAUAAAAGAAAUUUAUGUAGUUAGUUGCUAAUAUUUGUUCGUUACAUUACCGUAAAUAUUUCAUUAUAUGUAGGAUAAAAAUAAAAAAAAAACUGAUUACAAUAUUA